AUGGAAUCCCCCUUAACCCAGCAAAGUAGACCCGAUUAUUUCAAACCUAAGAUCGUGCAACUAUACGAGAAUCUCUUUCAAACAACCGAUUAUGCAGACCCCUCCGAGGGGUUCUGGAAGGAAUUCUUCUUGUUGCCGCCUGAUCGCGCGCAGCUUCGGUCUAUCCUAGACCAGCUCAGUCCCGAUGAGAUCUUGAACUUGCAGACCCAAACCCAACAACUCUUUGCUCGCGCAAUCCGUGAGGCAGCUUCAGGCAACAAGCCCGCGGAUUCCUAUGCGCUCGAGACCUUGGCGGUCUUUCUAGCCUGCGUCUUGAGGAAGAAGUAUACCAAUCCAAGUUCCGAUAUCAUCACUGUUCUUGCCGGACUGGAUGAUGUGGACCAUGUCAUCUCGAACUUCGUUACCGUCUUGGAUGGCAUCAUCCGCAAUGGUAGUAGCUUUGAAUUUCGAAUGAAAGCCAUCAAAACUGCUAUUGCCAUGAUCAGUGGGGCAUACAAGACUAGUCUUGUCUCUUACUUCACACAUCGUGACCUCUUCCCGUCGCUUAUGAAGUUCAUACAAGACUCCGAAACCUCCAUUCAAGUGUUCGAGCCUUUCCUCAUGUUGGGGCUAUUGGCAAACUACAACAAAUUUGAGUUUCAGAAUCCCUACCAGCUCCGACUCGAUGACUUCGUCAAUGAAUCAAGCAUUCGCAAGAUCGUCAGCGGGGUCAGUUUGUCUUGCGGCGCCCUGAGAAACGGCUACGUUGCCGUGCAAGAUGACGCCCCCGAAGGAUGGUCGUUGAUCAGCACCCUGAUCUACUUCGGGUUGGGCGUGCUUGCGCCCAAUAGAAGGGACCGCUCUAGUCCUCCCACUGCGGAAGAGGCGAAGGAAAUGUUCACGGCACUACCCGCUCAGCAGGCAGCUAUCCUUCUCGCUACCUACGACUUCACAAACGCCAACAAGCUCUUUGGCCAUCACCUCAUCACCUCUGCCCCUGAAAAAGACAACGAGGAAUCCCCUUUCGCGACCUUCCUGUCCAUGACUUCCUAUCUCCUGCAGCACGCCUACCGAUCACCCAGGGUGGCCCAGUAUGCGGAACUCAACCUCUUCACUCUUCGCAUUCUUGCCGAGGACUCUUCCCUAUGCAAGCAACUUUGCAUUGAGGAUACCAAACGGAAAAUUCGUCUCUGUCGACAGAGACAGCCCUAUCUUCCCAUCGUCACCGGAGACCGCGUUCUUGCAACCGCUAUCUUCGAUAUGAUGAUCGACACCAUCUCCCACAACCUCCGACGACGUCUAGACAUCAACCUCUACAGCCAAGCAAUUGCGAUCCUCCUCCGCCUCUUCACCUACCUCUCCAUGAACAAAAUCCGCCUUAACUACCACUGGUCCGAGCUCUGGCGCACGCUGCUCUCCCUCAUGCGCUUCCUCACCACCUACGUCUCCGACCUCUCCGGCAGCCCACACAUCGACACACUCGCCACCACCCUCGUCGACCUGAUCGCCUUCUGCGUUUCCACCGGCGACACCUUCCUCCCGGACCCAUCCUCCUACGACGACCUCUUCUACAAGCUCGUCGAGACCGGCCCCAUCAUCUCUAAAUUCCGCGACGUCUACAUCGCCAAGCCCUCGUCUUCCACUACCCCCGCUUCAACCAAGGCCGCUGACCCCUCCACUACUACCAAGGACGUCCACGUCGCUGCUAUCGACACUCUGAUCUCCGUCUCCACGCACUUCUACACCCUCCUGUUCAACCCGGAUCAGAGCGCCGACGCGAAAUCCGACGCCCCGAUUCCGGCCACGCAGAAGAAGAAUCUCAGUCCGCGUGAGGUCCACCGUAUCAUCAAGCAGGGAUAUGAAACGCUGAGCAUCCAGUCCCCUGACGGACUGAGCGCUUGGACAAGAUACCGCGAGACAGACUGGAAGCCGGAACUGAAGCGGGCGGCGCGAUGUGCGGUGGAUGAUGCGAGACAGUUGGUGGUGUAA